AUGCGUCUCAACAGCUCCACGCAGCCCGACAUCCCCUGCGCGCCAAGCGCAGACCCCUUCCCGCGGUCGCAGUCGGGACUGGAAGCGGUGCUUCGGGCCCCGGGCUUAGGCAACGGCUCCAACGAUGAGUCGGAGCGCUUCCUCGCGGCGCCCAGCAGCGACCUGGACGUGAACACUGACAUCUAUUCCAAGGUGUUAGUGACUGCUGUGUACCUGGCCCUCUUCGUGGUGGGCACAGUGGGCAACUCGGUGACAGCGUUCACACUAGCGCGCAAGAAGUCACUGCAGAGCCUGCAGAGCACCGUGCACUACCACCUGGGUAGCCUGGCGCUGUCUGACCUGCUCAUCCUGCUGCUGGCCAUGCCCGUGGAGCUGUACAACUUCAUCUGGGUGCACCACCCCUGGGCCUUUGGAGACGUUGUCUGCCGGGGCUACUACUUUCUGCGAGAUGCCUGCACCUAUGCCACAGCCUUCAAUGUGGCCAGCCUGAGCGUGGAGCGCUACCUGGCCAUCUGCCACCCCUUCAAGGCCAAGACCCUCAUGUCCCGAAGCCGCACUAAGAAGUUUAUCAGUAGCAUCUGGCUGGCCUCUGGGCUAUUGGCCGUGCCCAUGCUCUUUGCCAUGGGCCAACAGAACCUCAGCGCUGAUGGCCAACACCCUGGCGGACUUGUGUGCACACCCAUCGUGGACACAGCUACAGUGAAGGUCGUCAUCCAGGUCAACACUUUCAUGUCUUUUGUGCUCCCCAUGGUGGUCAUCUCAGUCCUGAACACCAUCAUCGCCAACAAGCUGACUGUCAUGGUGCACCAGGCAGCGGAGCAGGGCCGGGUGUGUGCGGCGGGGGCCGAGCACAGCACCUUCAGCAUGUCCAUCGAGCCAGGCAGGGUCCAGGCCCUGCGGCACGGCGUCCGGGUCUUACGUGCCGUGGUCAUCGCCUUUGUGGUCUGCUGGCUGCCCUACCAUGUGCGACGCCUCAUGUUCUGCUACAUCUCGGAUGAGCAGUGGACUCCAUUCCUGUACGACUUCUACCACUAUUUCUACCUGCUGACCAACGCCCUCUUCUACAUCAGUUCCACCAUCAACCCCAUCCUCUACAACCUCGUCUCCGCCAGCUUCCGCCAGAUCUUCCUGUCCACGCUGACCUGCCUGUGCCCCGAGUGGCGGCGCAGAAGAAGGAGGCCAGCUUUCUCACGGAAGCCUAACAGCAUGUCCAGCAACCAUGCCUUCUCCAGCAGCGCCACCCGGGAGACGCUGUACUAG